AUGGGUUCAGAUAUAAAAAGUGCGUAUGUUCUAACAGCAGCGGCUGAUGAUAACUCGCCUAUGGUCACUGCUAAUAUGUUAUCUUCUAGAUUUCUUGCCCCGUCUCCUGUGACAAGCGACUAUUGUUCCCGUCCUUCUUACGACAGCUUAUUUCCUAAUAGCAUGUCGGGUCAUGACAUUCCAAGCAUAGAGGUCUCACCUGGAGAGGAAUAUGAUGAACUACCUAGUUAUUCCACAGGAGUUUCUGUACAGAGACAGAAAACCAAACACGCUCCACUAUUGAGUCUGGAAAUCGACAAGUCUUCCAGAGAAGGGUAUUUCUAUCAAACUGGAGGCGUGAUAUCCGGUUCUGUUAGUGUAAAUGCUUAUACAGAUUUGCCAAUAGAAUGCGUAUUUAUUGAUUUACAGAUGAUUGAGACUGUAAAGAGAUACGCCGGUCACCACCCAGCUACCCGGUUUAUUAACAAAACCAUUGUGGCUCAUUUCACACCACCAUUCACUGCAUACCCUCCAAACAUGACCCUUGAAAAAGAUAUGUCUUACAAGUUUGAUUUCUCACUUCAAAUCCCUGAAACUCGACCGCUACCGGCUUGUAAAUCCGGUUUACACGAGCAACUUCCUUCGUCAUUAGGCUCGCUGCCAGAAUUUGGCGGAUAUCAUCCGGCUUUCGGUAAGAAGGUGGAUGUAUCAGACUCGGCUGCUACAGUUCGGUAUCUCGUUAGAGCUAGACUCUUGCAAACACCAACUAGGGUAAUGUCUCAACAGAUUUCUCAUGUCUGGAUCAUGCCAUAUAACUCACAAUCGGUUGGAUUUGAUCCUCGCCGACAGUCAGUCUCAUCGUUUGGGUCUAUAGCACCCUCUCUGUCAAGCAAUUCCAGUGCUAGCAGUAUCAAUGAAGACAACGUAGUUCAAGCAUCCAAGACCAUUGUAAGCGGUUUCCUUCGGAAAGUGGCUAUUGGAACUUGUACAAUUGAAGUGGAGAAGCCAAAUGCAUUUGAUAUAUUUUCUAAUUCGCCAACCAUGUUGACAACAAAACUCUUCUUCAAAUCCGAACCCACUGUCAAACCACCUCAUAUCAAAUCCAUCACUGUCAAAGCACUACUAUUCACCAAAGUAUUUUCUCCUAGCAGUGACGGAGUCGGCGCUUCUGAAGAUAGAGAGGCCGUACACACUACCACAGACACGGUAAUCCUGAAGAAACUGGAGGUCUCGUCACAAUCCUCUUGGCAGAUAUUAGAAAAGGAUAGCUAUUUCUCGUCUGUCCAAGUUCCAGUGAGUAUCCCCGAGCGUGACUUCCGAUUCGUGCCCUCGUUCAAGUCGUGUUUGGUGGAACGAAGCUAUGCCUUAUCAGUAUCAGCUAGUUUCGACUCUGGCUCUACUGUUGAAGUCUGUACUCCAGUAGAGCUAGGAUGCAAGAGACGCCGAGGAAACAGAGGACUAUACAAAAUCACAUCCAAGGGAUACAACAGACGAUAUUCUACAUCGCUGCUAGAAGGCGGAGAUGGCAAUGUCGUAGAUAAUGAUAUGUUCGACGAGUUUGGUGAAGUUCCCAUGUACUCGUUACAUUAG